AUGGCCAUGACUACCGGGAACUUUGUACACCCCUACAACAGUCCCGAUGCUAACAUGGAAUAUGCUGCCUUUGGGUGUUGUGUCAAACGACGAGUACGAGAAAGUUAUAUAGUUAAGUGGGUAGUGACCGACAACCGGCAGUCAUCGUUAAAGUGGCCGUGCUAUGUUGUUGUGAGCUGCUUUGCAUGGCGAGCAGUCAUGAUUACUAUGGACCUUAUGGUGGCUCGCGUCACAGGGACGCUGGUAGCUGCUGUGGAUAGCCACAUGACAAGUUAG